AUGCCGCCGCGCACCGAUGGCGUGUUUCGCGGCUUGACCGACACGCGGCUGCCCAUGCCGUGGAUCGAGGCGCUCCGGUUGCAGCAGGACGGCCAAACAGUCGGAUCUUCGGAAACCAGCGGCGAGGAGCGUGACUUGACACCCAAAAAGAUGACGGACAGCUACCACCGCGUCGUGCUGCCGCUUGGCCAGGACCCCUGGCUGUCCGAUACCUACAUCAACUCGUCGGGCCACAUCCGCCUCGGCACCAUCUUCAUGGACCUCGACGCCCUGUCGGGCAUCAUCGUCUACAAGCACACGGGCGGCGGCGUCACGACCGUCACGGCGGGCGUCGACCGCAUCGAGCUCGCGCACCCGCUGACGGAGAUCUGCGACCUCGAGUACAGCGGCAUGGUCACGUACGCGGCGGGCGGCAGCAGCGCUGAAAUCACGUGCAAAGUCGCGCGCGCGCGCGGCGAGGGCGAGCCCAGCCGGCCCGAGGAUUUGCUGCUCACGUGCACGUUCACCAUGGUCGCCCUCGACCCCCUGACGCGCAAGCCGACGCCGAUCCCGCGGCUCGUGUGCGAGACGCCCGCGCAGGAGGCCUUGUUCCAGGCCGGCGCCGCCAAGGCCAUGGCCCAGCGCGCCGAGCGCAAGACGUCGCUGCUCGAGGUCGAGCCGGACGACGAGGAGUCGGCGCUGAUCCACCGCAUCUGGCUGCGCCAGAUCGAGUACCACGACCCGCACCGCCCGCUGCGGCAGCCGCCCAACGUGCUGGCCAUGGCAAAGACGCAGCUGUCGACGGCCGCCAUCAUGCAGCCGCAGUACCGCAACCGGCACCAGACCAUGAUUUUCGGCGGGUACCACUUGAAGCAAACGUUUGAGCUGGCUUUCUGCUGCGCGGCGUCGUUUGCGCACGCGCGGCCGACGUUUGUGAGCGCCGACCCGUGCACGUUCCGGAGCCCGGUGCCGGUGGGCAGCGUGCUGUACCUGACGGCGACGGUGGUCUACACGGACCCCGCCGUGGUGGAGGAGGACGACGCAAGUGGCGGUGGCGACGGCAGCAGAGACAACAGCCCACCGCUGACGCGUGUCCAUGUGCGUGUCGACAGCAAGGUGCGCGAGAUGGAGCACGGCACGGCACGCGUGACGGGUCAGUUCCACUACACCUUUACGGUGCCCAAGGACGUGCGUGUGCUGCCCAACACGUACGAGGAGUACAUGCGUUACAUUGACGCCCGUCGUCGUAUGCGGGCCGGCGGCAAGCGUCCGCCGGCAGCACGGGACAACCAAGAAGGGGUGAACCUGACGGAAUAG